AAACAUUUUCGGCGAAAUUUCGCCGAUACACCCGAUAUAUCGUAUAUAUCGGUGGGCCCCGAUAAAAAAGCAUACCGGCCAAAAAAUUUCAUGCGAAUUCGGACUCCCGCCCCAGAACCGCGCCAAUCCGGCCCGAAAUGUCUUUCCCCGUCGGCCCACGCACCUAAAGACCCCCCCAAACCCUAAAAUCGCCCCCAAAUUUCCUAUUCCCCAUCUGCAUCUCUUGCGGCGGCAGCUCGCACGUCCGCACUCCACAGGCGCCGGGCAGCGGCGGCCGUGUGCCGACUGCCGAGCGCCCAUGCAGCUAGGUCUCCUCCUUCUCACCUUCAUCCUGUGAACCUCCUCCCUCCCUUGGCGUUGGCUGGCCCGCAGUGCUUGCGGCUCGCAAGGCUCGCCGCUCGGACGCAGGCGCCGGGCGGCGGCGGCCGGCCGCCCAUGCUGCAGCUGGGUCUUCUUCAUUCUCGUGCCAGCAUCAGCAGGAGCAAGGGCCGCGAGCACGCGACUGUGCGAGCCGGAGGAGCAAGUAGCGACUGUGCCAGCAACAGGAGCAAGUAGCGACUGUGCCGUUCUUCACCCAGGCAAGUGUAUCUCGAAGAUUUGAUUUGUUCUUGUGUUCGCUAGAAGCUAACGCCUGCAUCUAUGAGCUAUAUGCUAAUUUGAGAGAUCGAUUCUUGUGCCAACUAAUUUUUAUAUGCUAAAUUGAGAGAUCGAUUCAUGUGCCAACUAAUUUUGAUUCACUGUAGUGCUUCCUUUCCAUGUAGUGCCCUACUAAUUUAACUGAGCAACUUUUAUCCAUAGAUAUAUUUUUCUUGUUAGGAAUAUGAUAAAAAAUUUUACUGCCAAUGCUAAUCUUAUUCUUAUAUGUGGCCGGCUGUGCCAGUGAACCAUCACUACCAUGGAUAGGGAGAGGGUGCAGUGUCAAGACAAUGGGACCGGGAGGGAGGUACCUGUCAGCGAUGGUGAUGUCGGCUCAGCCAGUGGUGCUGAUGACAUUGUGACUGCUAAAAAUGGAGCUCGGUAAAACUGCGAGGACCUAUUGAGAAUCCAUGGAGCCAUGGUGAGAAGUGGAAACAAACUGGAUGGAGUUGUAGUUAUUGUAUAGAUAGAAAGGGAAGUGGAGGUGCAACUCGUCUCAGAAAUCAUCUAGCUGGUUUACAAGGGGAUGUUGUGCCAUGCCCUAAUGUGCCAAGGUUUGUGAGGAGGAUAAUGUUGGAUAAAGAUGCACAAGGGAGAAAAAGGAGGGCUGAUACAAAAGAACAUCGUCUCUAUGUGGAAAAAGCAAUUCAGGAUAAAGCAUAUGAGGAAUAUAGAAAUGCCAACAUUCCUCGUGAUGAAGCGGGGCAGAUUGAUUGGGCAUUAAAAGAAUCAUUGAGGGAAACUAGGGGAAGUGGUAGCAGCCCUCCUUUUGGUAGGGUAGGUAGCAGUACCCCUCCUUUAGGUAGGGCAAGUAGCAGCACCCCGCCUUUGGGUAGAGCAAGUUGCUCGGGUACUCAGACAAGAAUGGAUAGGUUUUAUCGGAGUCCAAGUGUUUCACAAGCUACAUUUGAUAUAGAUUUGGCACGUAGCAUUGCACCCACACAGCUUAGAGUGGACACUAUGCUACAAGGGGGGAUGCCAAAGCAAGACUUGGAAAAGCUUUGGCCAAGUGGUUCCAUUCUGAUGAUAUUCCUGGUAGGAAAGCAGAUAACCCAUAUUUUAUAGCAGCCAUUAAAUUAGCUCAACAGCUUGGUGAGGGUGUGUCUAAUCCGACAGGAAGAGAUAUAGAUGGCCCAUUACUAGACAUGAACUACAAUGACCUAAAGGCUCACAUGGAAGAUUAUAAGGAAAAUUGGAGUCAUUUUGGGGUUACUGUCAUGUGUGAUUCAUGGACAGGACCUACCAAGAUGUGUAUUAUUAACUUCAUGAUAUUUUGCAAUGGCCAAAUGUUCUUCCAUAAGACUGUCAAUGCAACUGGCUAUAUUCAAAAUGCUGAAUUUGUUUAUGAUUGUAUCAAAACAGUAGUUGUUGAAGAGAUUGGAGUAGAGUUUGUGGUUCAGAUUGUGACUGACAAUGGUUCCAACUACAAGAAAGCAUGCAAGCAACUCACAGCUGAGUAUAAACAUAUCACUUGGCAGCCAUGUGCAGCCCACACUAUAAACUUGAUGUUGAAGGAGAUAGCACAUUUUAUUGAGGUUGAGACAGUAGUGGAUAGUGCAAAAAGGAUUUGCAGGUUCUUGUACAACCAUAACAGGCUUCAUGCUAUGAUGAGAGAGAAGAUUGCAGGGGAGCUGAUUCGAUGGAAUGCCACUAGGUUUGGCACUAUUUUCUUGUUCCUGCAAAGUUUCAUGGAUAAGCGAGAUAAGUUUGAAGCAUGGAUGAUAUCUAGUGACUGGAAAAAUAAUGAUUGGAGACAUGAGGAAGACCACAAAUUCACAUAUGAUUGCUUGACAAGUAGGCUUUGGUGGGAUAAUGUCGAAUUGGUUUUGAAAGCUGUCACACCACUUUAUUCAGUGCUUCGCUUUGCUGACCAGCAGAAGAAUGGGACCAUUUCUGGGUUCAUCCCAAAGAUGUUGAAGGCACAAAGUGAUAUAUUUGCUACCUUAAAGCAUGAUGAACGUGUGACAAGAAGUCUCCUAGAUAGGAUAAAUGAAGUAAUCAAUAGGAGGACAAGAUAUCUUCUCAAUGAGACUCUAAUGCUUGCAGCGGCUGCCCUUGAUCCUCAAUCACUCUAUCAACAAAAUUUUGCAAAGCAUCACAGUGCUCAGUUUGCAGUAACAAUGGCACUUAAGAAGGUAGCAAGCUCACCUACGGAGGCAUCAAUCGCGAUUGACCAAUAUGCAAAUAUCUUUUGUAAAAAGAAACUGUUGUUUGGAUCAAUUGAGGCUCGAAGUUCGGCACUUCGUGGUCAAACAAAAGCAGCUCAAUGGUGGACUCAAUACGGAGGACAGUGCAAAGAAUUACAAAAACUUGCAAAACUCAUUGUCUCACAAUGCAUGUCAUCCAGUGGGUGUGAAAGGAAUUGGAGCACAUUUGCUUUAGUUCAUACUAAAUUGAGAAACCGAUUAGGUUAUGAGAAGCUGCAUAAGCUAGUAUAUGUGCAUUAUAACUUAAAGUUGUCUAUCCAACAGUUUGAAAUAGAUUUCCAGAACCUUCAACAACACAAGGAGGUAGAUCCAUGUAGCAUGAUGAUGGAUGUUGCCUUAUUCGAUGAAGAAAAUCCAAUUAUGGAUUGGCUGUCCAACUCCAUGACUGAAUCUGCACCAAUUCUGGAUGAAUAUGAUGACUAUGAUGAUGAUUGGACCACACCUGGUGGCUUCCUCAUUGAUGAGCUACAGAUGCAACCAGAAGAAGUGGCUGCAUUCAAGAGGAAGCUUUGUUUUGGUAGAAAUGGUGGUCAGAAGAAAGGGAAGGUGGGAUUGGAUGAUGAGGAAGAAUUCGUAGAUGACUAUGAGUCGGAUUCUGCACAUGGUAGCCCUGUGUAUGCUGAGACAGGGGACAGCAGCUCCGCCUCUGAAGAGGAUGGUGAUGGUGCUGAUGAUGUGGGGGGAGAUCAAUCUGGUGGUGGUAUAGCCUUUGGUGAGGCAGCAAAAAAGCAUGGCGCUGGAAGUAGUGGACGUAGAGCCCGUGGUGGUGGUGCAGCCUGCCGUUCAGGAGUUACAAUUGGAAGGCCAAGCUGCUCUAUCCGUCCAAGAUCAACUAGGAAGAAGAAGCCAACUCUCAAGGCUGUCUCCGAACUCUAAAAGGCCUCCUGGUUCAGAUGCGGCAGGAACACUCCUAGUUGGUGCAUGUUCUUUGUCCAAGUCUAUUUUUUUGGGUUUGAUGUGCGCUCCUGUAUUUUGCAAUGGAAAUGAUGUUCAUUUGGGAUCUACAUUGGUGCUCUGUGCUUCAAGCAUGUACUAGGGACUGUAAUAUUGACUGUAUUUUAUGGGGAUAGUUUAGUCUGGUACUGCAUUUAGAAUUGAUGAGUCAUUGACAUAUUGAGAUGCUUGAAGCUAUC